AUGUCGUCUGCAGUGAGGAGUCCGCGUAAAAAAGUGGCUAGUGACACUUCCGAUCCGGAUCGCACGAGUUCUCCGUAUAGUCUUCGAGAGACUGCAAAAGUGCCAUCGAGAUAUCGAGAUGAUGACGUGUACCUAUCGCCGACUCGACAAAUAAAAAGGACUGGAUCUCCGAAAAAAUCUCCUUCAAAACGUCUCAAUGGAGGCCGAGACUCACCAGCUGUGCAUAGCUUAACCCGUAACUCCAGUCUAACAAUGCUAGCACAAGCCGCUCUUGACUACGAGUCAACCAGUAAUUCAUUGGAUUUUAUUCCUAAAGAAGAGCAACGUCGUCCAACUAGAAGAGCUCUGGCACUCUCUCCACCACUAACUUCUUCUUCAAAUGAUAUGAAUAAAGAGUUGGAGAUGUUAGAAAUGCAGCAGAAUAUGGUUGCCGGGCUGGAUGAUUUGAAUAAUCCUGAUAACAUGACAAACGAGGCAUUGGAGCAUAGAGACAGUCAAACAUUCUUCAAUAUGUUCUCAACCGAUCAGGAAAGAAGUGCAAUGAUAAAACAAUUCAAAUCGUAUAAAAAUCAAACUAGCGAAGAUGUCAGCACAUAUAUGAGAGCCAAUAUCAAGAAGUUGUACAAUCUGUUGCGAUACAAAAAGGCUCGUCAAUGGGUGAUGUGUGAAUUCUUCUAUUCCGCGAUGGAUGAGCAGAUUUUCAAGCAGGAAAACGAGUUUGCCAAUAUAAUCAAAGAGAACUUUCCGAAUCUCAAAAAUUGGAAUUUGACACGUGUCGAGUGGAGAGCCAUCCGAAAGAUGCUUGGAAAGCCUCGCAGAUGCUCCAAAGUGUUCUUUGAAGAGGAACGAAUGUAUUUGGAGGAGAAACGAAUGAAGAUUCGAAGUGUUUAUGAAGGAAGCUAUUUGAAUGAUCCAUCAAUCGAUCUCAAGGAUCUUCCGGCGAAGUUGCCACGUCAAAUGAUUGUUGGAAAUCGGGUGUUCGCACGAAUAAGACAACCGUACGAUGGAAUAUAUUCAGGAUUUAUUGAUGCUGUUGUUCCGAAAGGAUUCAGAAUUGUUUUUGACAAGCCCGACAUUCCACCAUCGCUUGUCAGUGACACCGAAGUGCUCCUCGACGGAAAAACCGACCUUCUGAGCAUCGCUUACUUCAUUGAACAAGCUAACUCGAAACUUCCCAUCGGCGUUCGCCCAUUCGUCGCCGCGGUUCGUGAUCCGAAUCGACCGCAUCUGAAGGGCGGUCCAUUGAAUGGGUUAGAUGACGAGAGACUGACUGGAAAGAAUCAGGAAAUCGUUGGAAAUUAUCCAUUGAAAUUCAUGGUCAAUCUUGUUAAUCUGACGAAACUGGUUGAGAUUAAAAGAGGAUUAAUUAAGAAUUUGACGGAUUUGAAUGUAGAAGCAGAGAUGCAACAUUUGACAAAUGAUAAGUAUCCUAUCAAAUUCCAGGAAAAGUACGCUAAGACCAUCAUCGAUUUGGAGCAUGUGAAUCAUCACAUCGAUGUUAAUAUGACCGGAAUUCAGGAUCAUACAAUGUACUUCUCAUCGUCUAAUGAUAUCUCCACGGCGAAUAUGAAACCAGAAGCGGUUCGAAAAGUGUGUUAUCAACAGGCGGGACGAUUUGUAGAGCACUGCAAUCAAGGGUUAAACGUGGAGAAUGUUCAUGCGUUGACACUGAUUCAAGCGUUGACUGCCGUCUUGUUACAGGUCCGAACGAUGGGAACCCAACGAAUUUCGGCUGUCGAUCUUCAAUCUCUUGGAGACGUCAUCACCGAAAUCCGAAACCAUAUUCAUCCUCGAAACGUGGCAUUCUUCCAAGACUAUGUGGAAGUUCAUCUGAAGCAAUUCCAUUCGAUUAUGCUUGAAAGUGGAGCUCUCUCGUCGGGAUCAUCUGUAUCUGCCAUGACGUCUUCUUCGAAUCGCAACAAAUAA